GUGAGGAGAAGCGGCUCAGAAAAUGGAUGGAUGGAUGGCAACUAACACAAGAUUUACUUGGUUGUGUAAUUUCACACAAGAAGAGUGAGCAGGCAUUAAAGACAGCCAACUAUUUGCAUAGAAGCCGUGAAAAAGAUCAUUUUCUAUAAUAUGUCCCCUUUCAAAUUUUGUCCUUGACCUCAUCUGUUUGUCUUCAUCUCAGAACAUCUUGAGGCAGCUCGUGGACGCAGCAGUCACGAUGGACGCUGCAAACGUUUUCCAUCAUGACAUCAAGAUGGAAAACGUCCUCAUUGACACCCGCUCCGAUUUCCCUCGUGUCUGGAUCAUCGGUCUUGGAAACGGCGGCUUUGGAACCACUUUGGUGCACAAGAAUUUCUUUGGAACCAUUGACUUGGCUCCUCCAGAAGUUGCUGCAUGUGGGGAGUACAAGGCCAACCCCACCACAGUUUGGCAGCUCGGGACUCUGCUCUUCGAAAUUCUGCAUUGCGCUCCAUUCGAACCGGAGGAGUUCUUCCUCAGGCGGGAAAUCGACGCAAGGCUCUCUCAUACCUGCUGAGCGCAUGCCUGAAAAGAGACCCUGACGCCUGUGCCACUCUGUCCCAGCUUCAACAGCACCCUUGGUUCCACUGAGGCAGCACGGAAGACUACUGAUCAGCCUAUUUUAUUCCUGAAAUUCAUAUCAACUGUAUAUAUUGCUGUACAAAGCGAUCCAAGGGUGACAAGAUGCUUCAAUUUUGAAAUCACACCGUGUUUAUACUGUAUAUUUCCGUAUUAUUUUAUGGUUGUUACAUUCAGACAUCCGGUCAUUCCAAAGACUUUUGAGAAUGGUACACAUUCCGUUCCAAAUUCAAAUUAACAUGAAAGAACAUGCAACAAUCGGACAAAACAAACUAAACAUUUUUGGUAAUAUAGCAAUUGUACAUUCAAAUUAACAGUAGCAACAACUGAGCACAAGCCAAUAUGAAUUAUAGGUUGAACAUGGAAAAAAUAUUUCCUCUUUAAAAAAAACAAAGUAUUGCACAAAGUUAAAAUAGUGUACAAUGUAGCACUUAUAGAGCAACUUUAUUUUUUUACAUUUAGAUCAUUCUUAUGUUCGUUUCGUUUUUACUCCAUUUUUAAUCCCUAAAGGAAUGUUCAAAUUUCACUUGUGACAUCGGAAUGAUCAAUAAACAAUUUCCCGGUGUUGCAUGAGUCCAUAGGCUUGUAUUUGAAUAUUUUCAUUUUCCUAAUUGGAUUAAAUGAUCAAUGUCAAUUUUC